AGCGCACCAUUGACGUCUUCCUGUCUGUCAAUUUGUAGGUUCUUUUGCAUCGUGUAAUGGUGGAGUAGAAGCAGUGAAAAAGAUACAUCAUGCCACAAAACGAAUUUAUAGAACGUCACCGUAAGCUGUACGGUAGGAGGUUGGAUUAUGAGGAACGUAAACGAAAACGUGAGGCACGUGAGCCUCAUAAACGUGCACAGGUGGCGAGAAGUCUUCGCGGUCUAAAGGCAAAGAUCUUCAACAAAGAACGGCGAAAUGAAAAAAUACAAAUGAAAAAGAAAAUUAAAGCUCACGAAGAAAAGAAGACAAAAACCAACACAGAAAAGGUCGCGGAGGGUGCUCUACCAGUUUACUUGUUGGACCGUGAUGUUCAAUCACGUGCGAAGGUACUAUCAAAUAUGAUUAAGCAAAAACGGAAGGAAAAAGCCGGAAAGUGGGAUGUUCCAAUUCCGAAAGUACGUGCACAGGCGGAUGCAGAGGUGUUUAAAGUGAUACGUUCAGGAAAAUCGAGACGAAAGGCGUGGAAGAGAAUGGUUACCAAAGUGACAUACGUCGGAGAGACAUUCACUCGGAAACCUCCCAAGUUCGAACGGUUCAUUCGACCAAUGGCGCUUAGAUUUAAAAAGGCUCAUGUUACUCAUCCAGAGCUUAAGGCGACUUUCUACCUGCCAAUCAUAGGUGUGAAAAAGAACCCCAACUCACCGAUGUUCACCAGUUUGGGUGUGAUAACAAAAGGAACCGUGAUCGAAGUGAAUAUAUCCGAAUUGGGGUUGGUGACUCAAGCUGGUAAAGUUGUAUGGGGAAAAUACGCGCAAGUUACGAAUAAUCCAGAGAAUGAUGGGUGUAUUAAUGCAGUACUUCUUGUUUAAUUGUAAUAUUUAUAAAUAAAUACUUUUUUUAA